AUGCCGGCUAGGACAAGAUCGAAGCCUGCCGGGCAGGGAACUGGCCAACGUGACAGGAACCUCACUGAUACGAUCAGUGAUAACACCAGCACCACGCCAACACGCCGCAGCAGACGGCUAAGGCAUGAUACUGAUGUUCUGGAGGACCCUGAACUUCCACAACCGAAGAGGCAGCGAGAAAGCCCAAGGUCUGGAGGUGAAGCCUCUCAUACCAAUGUCAAGGACGGCAGAGUGAGAUCAAUCGAAAAGAAAACUAGCCUCAAACGAUUAGACACCAACUUGCGAGUAAACACACCAAGAAGGGCCGCGGAUAAUACUCAACGCACCCAGAAACGCCAGCAGUCUGAGAGGGCAUAUCGAGGACCGCAACAACUAACAAGAGGGGCUGAAAGACCACAGCCUACGACGCUAAGCAGCACCCAAGACAUUUCUUUGAAUUAUGAACUCGACAAGCUAUUUGACGUUUAUGAUGUGCCCACGAGCCCGCCCCCGAACCCCCAGACCCAAAAGCUCGGUGCAUCCUACCAAGAGGUAGAAGUCGUGGGUUCUGACCCGGAAGAAGAGCUUUUCGUUAGACAAGAACAACACGACGACACGCGCCUGUACGAUGAUCCGACAAUUAUAGGAGCUUCAGAAGAGGCUGGUCAAAAAGAAGCACAAGCAGGUGAAGCUGCAAAUCAGGAAGAACCACCUCCGGCUUCGACGCAGCAGCUGGCGGAUUUCCUCGUUGACAUGGGCCCACCUCAAGAGGCCCCUAAUAAACAUGUCGACAUCGCGUAUCCCGACGAUUGCUUCAUAUUCAACGCUCCUACAGGUGAAGACGGGUCGACGGCAGCUACCCUUAAGUCCAGCGCUCUCAAACACAUGGUUGACUUGAUGAGCGGAACGGGUUGGGCUCAGCAUGUUGGCAUUAGCACUAUUCACGCCGGCAGUACCCAACUUAGAUCGAACUGGAACCGGCCUUACUGGGAACACUUUGUGUUUUUAAAGAACUUUUGGCAAUGUAUGCCUCGAGCGCCUCAGUUUUCCGAGCAAUGCCGCUACUUGCACACGUCCGAGGAUGCGGCCAAGGCAAAGGAGUCGAUCAGGGAGGUGGACGAAUUUGUUCGUGCAACGGUACAGCGAGCCAAGAAGAUCACACGAGGACAUGAAGAAAUCAUGCCCCCUAAACCGUCUACGAAGGACCUUUAUGAGAAGAUUAUCCCGAUGCUUGUAUAUACCCUCCACGGCGUCUUUCUAAGGGGGGUAGAAAGCAAGGUGUAUUCCUGGCGUGGGAGAUUCACAAAACCGACUCUACAGAUCAUGGAAAGGCUGCUGGCCUGGCUCGAAAGGUUACAUACGACAAUGAUGGACAGCCUGAAAAGAAGGCCGCGGGACCAGACGGGGAGCAUGAUGACCAGUCGGAGCAAGCUUGCUCGCUAUCUCGUGGAUCUCAAGGUUGAAAUCAAGGGCACGGUGGCCGAGAUCGACGCUGCCCCCGAGCGCAAACGGAUCUACAAGGAGAGACUAUGGCAGGCGAUAGAAAGAGAGGAGCGCGCGCGUCAAGAGGAGGAAGAGAGGAAGCGACGGCAGCGAGAGCUUGUCGACCGGCAGAUAGCAGAGCGCCUCAGCCGCACUUGGUCUGGGUUAUCACAUCCAGAGGCACCUCAGCCAAGCCAAGAAACCCGAUACAAUGCGUCACAACAAACGGCAGCAUCACGACAGCUUCAAGCGUCUGAGCCAACAACAAGACCUGGAAUGGACCUGGCAGAACUUGUUGACCAAGACGAAUCGUGGUCUCUGGAAGACGAUAAGCGUCUCCUGAAGAUUCUAAGGACCACAUCAAAGGUGGAGCUGCAAUACCUUGCGUGGGAGUUUGACCGCAGCAUCAACGAAGUAAGCGACAGGGUGGAAUUGCUGAAACACGCCGCCAGAGAAGCCGCCAUUAACAAGAACAAACCAUUCCCAGAGUUUGCGAUUGUCUAG